GACCGUAGUGAUUCUCCUGUCGGAGGCCUUGGUUGGCCCGCGCGAGUGGGCGUGGAGAGUAACGGCGGGGCUGGGUGAGGGUGCACGGGGUCCUGGAUAUGAGCCGCAGGAGCUCAGCUCCGCCGACCUUGCCGCGCCGCGCCGGCAACCGCGAUGGAGAAUAGGUGCUACGGCUGCGCUGUCAAGUUCACCCUCUUCAAGAAGGAGUACGGCUGUAAGAACUGUGGCCGGGCCUUCUGUUCUGGCUGUCUUAGCUUCAGUGCAGCGGUUCCCCGGGCUGGAAACACCCAACAGAAAGUCUGCAAGCAGUGCCAUGAGGUUCUGACCAGAGGAUCUGCUCCUGCCAAUGCCUCCAAGUGGUCACCACCUCAGAACUAUAAGAAGCGUGUGGCAGCCUUGGAAGCCAAGCAGAAGCCCAACACUCCCCAGAGCCAUGGACUGACCCAGCAAGACCAAGUCAUUGCUGAGCGCCUAGCACGGCUCCGCCAGGAGAACAAGCCCAAGUCAGUGCCCUUGCAGGCGGAGAUAGAAGCCAGGCUAGUUGCACUGAGGGAUGCACCCCAGGGUUCCAUCCCUUCCACCCAGGAGAUGGAGGCACGGCUUGCUUCACUGCAGGGCAGAGUUCCACCUUCUCAGACCCCCCAGCUGCCGCCUCUAUCCAGAAUGACCUCAACCAGGGGGACCCAGGGGCCCAGAGCACCAGCUGCAAGGGACAGGCCACCUGGUCCCUGGAGGAGGAGAAGAGGAGGCUGCUGGCUGAGGCAGCAGUCACGCUUCGGGAGGAGAACACAAGGCAGGAGCGGAUCCUGGCCCUCGCCAAGCGCCUGGCCGUGCUGCAGGGACGCGACCCCGAUAGAGGUAGAGGCUGGGGAGCAGCCACUCAUUCGUGUCCACUGGGCAGUCCUCCCCACUCUCACCCUCAGGCCAAACUGCACAGUGGCUGUACUCCCUGCCAGGCUGAGUCAGGGGCUGGGGGUCCCUGUGCCCAGGGGUCUAUCGAGCUCCACCCAGAACCACGAGGAAGGUGCUGGGGCAAAGCAGUGGAUGAGGAACAAGUGGCAGCCAUCAGGGGGCAGGGGACCCUGGGUCCCUUCAGUGACCCUACAGGACUACCGCCUUCCAGACAGUGAUGACGAAGAGGAUGAGGAGACAGCCAUCCAGAGAGUCCUUCAGCAGCUCACUGAAGAAGCUGCCCUGGAUGAGGCAAGUGGCUUUAACAUCCCUGCAGAGCCAGCUCUCCGACCCCAAGCCCAAUCCUGCAGGGCAGAGCCUGAGCUUCAGGCUGUGGCCGCCAGGUCUGAGGCUGAGGAAGAAGAGCUCCCCUGGUGCUGCAUCUGCAAUGAGGAUGCCACCCUGCGCUGUGCUAGCUGUGACGGAGACCUCUACUGUGUCCGCUGCUUCCGGGAAGGCCAUGAUGCCUUUGAACUUAAAGAGCACCAGACAUCUGCCUACCACCCCCAGCAUAAAAGCCGAGAGCACUGAGGGAACCCUGGUCCUCCCGGGAAGGCCAUCCUACAGGCGGUCACACAAGCUGGGGUGCCCUCCAGGGCAUCUGAUGGGAGAACAUGUCAGGCUAGACUGCUUAUGAAUGCGCCCUUUCCUGAGCCUCCGUCCCUGGAAGGAGGAAGGAUUCUCCAUUGGAGACGAUGACUGGAGGAGCCAGAGGGAAGGCAGAAGUCUGGAGCCUCCAGCAUUGAAGUCUGGACUAGGAGUGAGAGGCAUGAUGGGAAAGACCAGCCUGAAUCCAGGGAGGAGUCCUGAAACUUGCUCAAGGGUCCAGGGCCCUCUACUGGCACUUAGAGCAUUUAAUAAAGUAUGUUGAUUCAUUGGA